UAACGCAGGCAUAAGCGCGCACUGGGAGCUGAGACGAGGAGGAGCUCCCCGUUCAAAGCGGAGGGCUGCUGAUCGCCAGCGCGCAAGAGGAGCGGCCAGUCAGCUGGCUGUCACAGCUCGGCGUGGCCACACAUUGGCGCUCUGCUCCGCGCACGUCGACCCCCGAGUCUCUGCCCGGUGAAAGGGAGACCGACACUUGCACAAACAACUGCAAGGUGGCAUUUUAAUUGGGGGCUUUUAAUCACUCUGGAGGAAAAAGCUUUUGAGUGAUUUUGCGAUCUGCUGCGAGGAGAGGCUUUUUUUUUAAAAUCCCCCCCACCCCUGACUGAAGCAUCCCGUGCCUGUUGUUUAUGUCAAUUGGGACAUCGGAGGGGAAGAUAUGAAAUUAGCCGUUUGCUACCCUUGGAUCCUUUGCUGUCUCUUAGUGUGCAAGGUGUCGGCUGGCACCGAGUCCGCUCCGGGAUCAUCACUCACACCGAGAAUGAGCAAAGAGAGAUGGGAAGAGGCGAGACAAAGUCAAUACAGAUGUCUUAAUGUGUCCAACAAAGACAGUCAGCAAAACAAAACCGUGGGCACCUUCUGCGGAAAAAUGUGGGAUGGCUUUUUGUGCUGGGAAGAAGCACCAGCAGGUACAUCUCGAACACAGAGAUGUCCCAGUCACCAUCCCGCCGGAUACGUGACUAAAUAUUGCGACCAAAGGGGUAAAUGGGUACAAACUGGAUCCACUUGCCAAGAAGCCUCAAAGGACAGAACCAAGGACAUUGACAAUGGUUUCAAGGACGUGAAAGAUGAAUCACCGAUAGAACAUACCAGAAACGUCCAGAAGAAAAUACUUGAGAACAAAGAAAAAUGCCUCAAGGAGAUUGAACAAGCUUCACCUCGUAAUGAAACAGGAUUGUUCUGCAGCCGUAUUUGGGACGGUUGGCUUUGUUGGGGCGACACCCCGGCACGAACCUUUGCCACGCAGAAGUGCCCGGAUUAUUUUCUCAACUUUGAACCAUCGGGCAUGGCAAGUAAAUACUGCGGUGAGGACGGAGAGUGGUUUCGUCAUCCGGAGAGCGACAGAUUUUGGACCAACUACACCCUCUGCACGAGCAACGAUGAGAAGACGACCAGGAAGCACAAGUUACUUGAGAGUGAAUACAAAUGUCUCCUGAAAAUGAGGCAAGACCCCGCCUUCAAUGAAUCGGGACCGUACUGCAGUCGGAACUGGGAUGGCUGGCUGUGCUGGGACGAUACCGUCGCAGGAACCUACGCCACCCAGAAUUGUCCAGAUUACUUGUCGUAUGCAGAACCCACAGAAAAGGUGAGCAAGUACUGCGGAGAGGAUGGGCAAUGGUAUCGCCACCCAGAGUCUAAUAUCACAUGGACCAACUUUACACUCUGUGCCGUCGACAUUCAGGAAAAGCUGGAGGGGGCGAGUGCACAGCUCUCGGGUGACACGGAGCAAGACUAUGGUGACGAGGCCACUGUGGUGGACCCGGAGGAGCAUGCCCUUGAGAGGAAGCAAAUCCUCGACAGCCAGUACAAAUGCUUCGAAAAAAUGAAGAACGACCCUCCUUAUAACAAAUCAAAAGUGUACUGCAGUCGCAACUGGGAUGGCUGGUUGUGCUGGGGGGAUACGCCGGCAGGAACCUACGCGUCUCAAAACUGCCCCGAUUAUUUUGUUGACUUUGACCCUACAGAAAAGGCAACCAAGUACUGUGGGGAUGAUGGGCAGUGGUUUCGCCACCCUGACACCAACAGAACCUGGUCAAACUAUAUACCCUGCAAUGAAAACACCAAAGCAAAGUUGAAGUCGGCGUACAUCCUGUUUUACAUGGCGAUUGUGGGUCACGCCCUAUCCAUAGCCUCCCUGCUCAUCUCUUUGGCCAUCUUCUUCUACUUCAGGAGUCUGAGCUGCCAAAGGAUCACGCUGCACAAGAACCUUUUCUGCUCCUACGUGCUCAAUUCCGCCCUGACCAUCAUCUACCUCGUCACCGUCGUCAAUAACCCUAAAGUAGUGGGCCGAAAUCCUGUAGGCUGCAAGGUGUUGCACUUCUUCCACAUGUACAUGCUGAGUUGCAAUUAUUUCUGGAUGCUCUGUGAAGGAAUCUACCUGCACACGCUCAUCGUGGUGGCUGUUUUUGCAGAGGAGCAGCAUUUGCACUGGUACUACCUUCUCGGCUGGGGUUUCCCACUCGUGCCUGCAUCCAUCCAUGCUGUAGCGAGAACAACAUUUUUUAAUGACAACUGCUGGAUGAGCGUGGAAACACAUUUGCUUUAUGCAGUCCAUGGUCCUAUAGUGGCAGCGCUCCUUGUGAAUCUCUUCUUCUUGCUCAACAUCAUCAGACUGCUGGUCACCAAGCUGAGAGACACACACUGUGCUGAGUCCAACAUGUACAUGAAGGCUGUGAGAGCCACGCUGAUCCUGGUGCCCCUUCUGGGAAUCCAAUUUGUCAUUUUUCCCUGGAGGCCGGAGAACAGGCUGGCGGGAGAGGUCUAUGAGUACAUCAUGCACAUUCUCAUGCACUACCAGGGCUUACUGGUGGCAACGAUAUUCUGCUUCUUCAAUGGCGAGGUGCAAGCUGCUCUGAAGAGACAGUGGAUCCAGUAUAAGACCGAGUGGGGUCAGAGGCGAAAGGACCACUGCUCGAUGCGCUCCACGUCGUACACGGCCACCUCCAUUUCAGAGGUCCCUCCCUUUAUGUACCACCAAGACGGCAACAGCGAACACUUGAAUGGGCGCCACUUGGACGACUCUGAACUGGUGGCGCUGAAAAUGGGCGAGAUCCCCUGAGCGGUACAAGACGGCAAUCUUGUAGCGUUUGACGACAAACGCUACAAGGUUGAGACUGAAUCUGGGAGGUUCAAAUCGGGGCUGACAAAGGGGAGAGAGUCACUUCGAUCACUUUGUUGCAGCUGCUUAGUGACAAUGCCCGGUGGCUUUGAGACUUUCCACGAGUCAACUUUAUCGCGCUAGCGGCAAGGAGAAACGACUGUGACGACAAUGUAAUCUGUAAGCGUCGAUGUGAUGAUGACACAGUGAUGAUGACUGCGGUGAUCAGCAACCGCAAUUGAUUGACACAAUCCUUUUUUAUUCUCACCGAAUACACCAAAGGGUAGACGAUGCAGGUCAAAAACUAGAUGGGGACGUUCUGUGCCCGAGUGAGUGCAGAUGUGGUACCCUACCCAUCUCUCUCUCUCACACACACACACACACACACACACACACACACACACACGCACACACAGUGGAUCUAAAAAAAAAAAAUCUACAGACCCUCGAAAUGCCAUUUUUUGUGAUAUUAAAAAAAAUGACUCCAAGUUCAAUCUAUUCAAAACAUUUCUCCUCAAUGGUGACCUAUAACUUGUGUAAUUCAUUUUUUUAUCUUCAAAAUAAAAAGCCACUGAAAUCUUGUGUUUGCACAACCUAUUUAAAAAAAAAAGAAAGUUUGGAUUUAUCUUGGAAUUCCAACAAGGGUGUGUGCACUUUAUUUGUAUCCACUGUGCACACAUGACAAACAGUAACAAUAUACCAGCACCACCACACUGGUUACGUGCCACGAAAUGUUA